AUGAGAAUGCGAAAGGGUCAGUUUCUAUUCGUGACAGCCCCAGAAUGUUCUUUGAGAGUGCGUGUGGAAGAGAAGACUGAAGGAAAUCCGUUAAUCGAAGAAUCUAGCGAGAAGGAGCCUUUAUCAUUGAAAUGGAAGUCUUGGUAUUUUACUCCUCUAGUGACACGCAGCGGGGCACAUGUUGAUCUGCGCAGAGCAGCAUUUAAUCGUCGGGCACUGUUAGCAUCACAGAACGCGGAACAUGUUGAUCUGUACAAAGGACUAUUCGAUCGUUGGGCACCGUUAGACUCUUUAAUUCUCGUUUCAAGCACGUCCCGUUAUCUUACACGAAUGAAGGGCAUUGCUCAGGCUCGUCAGAUUGGAGGAGAAGACCAUAAAGAUUAUGCAUCAGUUCCUGUGGAAAUUGUUGCUCGAGGCCUUCAGGCCCUCGAAGCUUACCAUCGAGCCAUUGAAGAAGGAAAAGUUAGUGUGAAAAGGGUGCCAAUCAUGUUCAUUGGGCAAGGUCAGUCAGGAAAAACAAGUUUGAAGAGAUCACUGAAAGGAGAGGAAUUCAAUCCAAAAGAAAGCAGCACUAUAGGUAUCGAGACAGAUCCUUCCUAUUUUAAAGUAUCAACGGAAGUUUGGAAAAUGGGAGAGGCAACCCACGAACGAGAUUCAAACAUGGAGCCAUUCUCUUAUGAGAAACAAACAGCUCAAUAUAUUGUCAACAGCCUUGAGAAAAACAAACGACAGAACAAACCCAAGCCUAGCCCGUCUCGUAACGACAAUGUAACUGAGAGGACUAGAGACCCAUCUUCCCAAAAUGAUAAUGAUUUAUCAUCCGGUGACUCUAAUAACAGCGCUCCAAAGGUUACAGCCAUGCCAGAAGAAAUAGUAUCGUUAGUUACCAAGCUACUUCAAGUUGUGCGCGUUGACGAAGACAAAGAUGAAAUAUUUUCAACUUUGUGGGAUUUUGGCGGGCAAUCAGUUUAUUAUUCUACCCAUCCACUUUUUCUAACAAGAGGGGCAAUUUACCUCUUGGUUUAUAACCUUAGCCGAAAUCCAGAAGAGAGGUCUAUAUCCCAAGUAAAGCGAGGAUUAUUCAAGUCUAUUAAAGACGUUCUUUGUGAGAAGAGUAAUAUGGAUUAUCUCGACUUUUGGAUGUCCUCGGUUUCUAGUUUGGUUCCAAACAGUGAGAAGCCUCACCAAACCCCUUCAACCUCCAUGCAACCAGAGCUGCUGCAGCCCCCAGUUAUUCUGGUCUUCACCCAUGCUGACAAGCCGUACAAAGGUGCAGAUCCUGAAGAGCUUGCAAUUGAGAUUUUUGGCAAUUUGCAGAGAAAAAGCUAUGGUAAACAAAUUCUCGACUUCUUUGUCGUAGACAAUACUAAGUCUGGGAGUAAGGAAGAAUGUGAAGGAGUUAUUCGUUUGAGGAAAGAGGUGCUUGACACUGCCAAGAAGCUGCUUCAGCUUAAAGAGGUCAUUCCAAUCAAAUGGCUGAAGUUUGAAAAGGUUGUAAAAGAGAUGGUUGAGCACGGAAGUAAAUGGAUUUACGUCGAAGACGCGAAAAGAAUUGCACUUGAGGUAUGCGGAAUUUCCAUCGAAGAGCAGUUUCUAACUAUGUUGAACCUCUUACACGACCAGAGAGUUUUGAUUCAUUUUGACGACACCCCGGAGUUAAACAAAAUCGUUAUUUUGGAUCCACAGUGGUUGGUAGACGUCUUCAAGAAGGUGAUUACCAUUCCGCCCUUCAAGAAGAGUAAAAGAGAACAUAGAGAACAGUGGAAAAAGCUUGAGGAAAAGGGAAUCUUGGAAAAAAAACUCCUAAACGACUUAUGGGAUCCCCUUUUUGACACCCGAGAAAAUUUUGACGUUAACAUUCUUAUCAACAUGAUGGAGAAAUUUGGCUUGUUAUGCCCUUGGCCGUCGUCUGACGAGAAUGGGUCACCCAGUGAGUAUCUUGUACCUUCCAUGUUGAUCUCCCCGCCGAAGAAUGUCACCGAUUUGUUUUCAUCUGCGGGCAUUCCAUCCCUUUUUGUGAAGUUUAAAUCUGGCCAAUUACCAAUUGGACUGUUUCCUCGUCUAGUCCUGAUGGUCAUGCAAUGGUGCACAAAGGAAGGUCUCAACCAAGAACACCCUCAACUGCAUCACAAUUUCGUCAGGUUUUACACACACCCGGCUAAAGGCAUCUCUCUGAUCCUUCUCUGCCAUUCCUCUUUCAUUGAAGUUGUUGUCCACCAAGGGAAGUGCAAGGCAGAGUCUUCCAAGAAUGAAAGGAUGAAUCUACCAUCUGUACUUAGCCGAGACACUUGUCAAGUAGAGUUUGCUCGUACUGUGUGCCGACAACUGGGACUGAUUCUCGAAUGCAUGCGGAGGGAGUUUCAUUGGUUAAAGAAAAUGGCUUACGAAAUGUCAGUUUGCUGUCCAAUUUGUUGCACAAGAAAGACGGUGAAAUAUUGUGAAACCCAUCAGGUAGGUAAGUGCAAGGAAGAAGAAUGUCUGCACUUCUGGUCAGAGUCAACGUUGUACGAUUGUCAAAGGCCCGUUGUAUGCACUCGGGGUUUAUGUGUUGGAGAAUACAGGGUUCCUCUUGAGCGCUUCGCGACAUGGUUUCCAUUUUUACUAAAAACGGGAGUCACUGGCGAGGGCAACCAGGAAUCAGCUUUACCUUGUACGGAAGGGGAAGGUGAACAAGCCCUUGCCCUCUCCGAUGGGUUGGUUCAGGCCCUUCAGUUGAGGACAUGCGAUGCAGACCAUGUCGUCGCUCUAUUUCACGAAAGUUUAUCAUUGGACCUAGCAUCUUUAGAACGGCCAGAUCCAGAGACAAAGCGCCAAAUUCGCUGCAUUUGUUUAAAAGCCAAAUCUACCGAUAGACUUGAUGUUGUAAAACGGUUACGAGAGAUUGCACCUGCUGGCACAACAGGUCCUUUGUUACCUGAAGCUUGUGACGUGGCCAAUAUUCCCAUUAGUCAGAGAGAGAAAUUGACGAUUCAUUUGUGUGGUGGAAAUGAAUGGCAGUUACUGGCAGAGCGACUGGGUUUGAGUCCGGCAGAAAUCCGUUUCCUUGACAAUCGAGUACUAAACCCUUGCGAUGCCGCGUUGGCCCAUGCUCGUAAACAAGGCUUUAUUCGCAGUGUGGGAGAAUUGUACGACAAGCUUGUAGAAUGCGACUUCCCUAUGUGGGCUGAUUUGCUGUAAAGAAGAAAGGGUAAUAGUUGUUGUCUGAAUCAUUGUGUUUCUUCGUAGUGAAACGACCUCUUUGAAUAUUGAACUUGACAGUUAAUUCUAGUUUUGACCCUUUAACCCCUUAAGUGACUAGCAUCUAAUUUCUCCUUAAAAAAUCACCACUGAAUCAUUCAUUAAUGUCAUGAGAAUUAAGGAAAUGAUCACCAACUGAAGGAACUCUUGAUUGUUAGACAAAUUCUCCUUGUCAGCACCUAAGUAAAGGUACAGAGAAUAAUAUGGAGAAUAUGAAUUCUGAUGUAAGGGUGUAAAGGGUUAAGUGAUAUACAAAUCAGUGUUAAAAACAGGAUAGGCUCAAACCUAGGGAUAGAAGAAAUACCGUGAUACAUUAAGAAAAAAGGAGAGUCCCACUGCGCUCGUAAAGGAAACGGAAA